AAAGCCCAGAGAUCUGUAAUCUUGCGGCCAGAUCGUUAAGAAUGCUGAAGAAGAUUGUUCUCGUAUUCGCGGCCUUAGCUUUGGCUAAGGCCCAAAUUCCCAACGUGGGAUGGUGCCCCGAUUACCUUCCUAUGGCUGGCUUUGACUUGUCCAAGUUCUUGGGUGUUUGGUACGAAGCCGAAAGGUACUUUCAACUGAGCGAACUUGUCUCGCGAUGCGUCGUUUCAAACUACACCCGAGGAUUCGACGGAAAAGUGCGCGUCAGCAACGAGGUUAUCAACCGACUGACUGGAAUCAAGCGCGUCGUGGAGGGCGAGUUAAAACCCUCACCGACAAAGGCUGAGGAAGGACGACUCCAGGUCAAAUACCCGACCAUACCCUUGGCGCCCGAGAUGCAAUACUCGAUACUGGACACCGACUACCGUAAUUAUGCCGUCCUCUGGAGCUGCUCCAGCCUCGGACUCGCCCACACUCAGAGCGCUUGGCUGAUGACCCGACAACGUAUCCCAACUACGGAGGUUUUGCAGAUGGCCUACGGCGCUUUGGACAAAAACGGAAUCUCCAAGAGGUUCUUCGUGAAGACAGACCAGGCUCAGUGUGCCUACGACCCGGCGCCCACUCCAGCAGCUGAAACUCCGGCUCCAGCCACUGCUGCAGUUCCAGUCGCAGCCCCAGACGCAGCUCCGAUUCCAGUCGUGGCUCCAGCUCCAGCCCCGAUCAAAGAGGAAACCGUAGUACCGGAAGCCGGGCUCGAAAAAGCGGUGCACUUAAGGUCGAGUGGAAUUCUGCAAGAAGCUGAGCCAGCGAAGGAAAUCCCGAAGGAAGAAAUCGCUGUCGAGUCGAGUCCAGCCGCGGAGAAACCGGCGGAAGAAGUGCGAGUCGCCGGUGUGGAACCGGCUAAAGAAGCAUCGGCCAAACCUAUCGCACCGGAAACGGUGCCCGAGCUCAUCUUGAAGGUCGCUGAGAACGCGAAGCCGGCCGCAGAGCCGCAACCCGAAGCAGCUCCGAUCGCCGAGGAGUCGAAGGUUCACGAAGUCGUCGUGAGCGCCGAGCCGGAAAAGAAGAAGCUCGACGUCGCUGCCGAACCGCAAACGGAACCGGUGCUGAAGGCCGCGGAACCGGUUGUGGCCCAGCCGGCGAAAACCGCGGUCAAACCGGAAGAACCAGUCGCGUUUGAGGAACCGAAGGAAAAACCAGCGGUGACGGUCCCUGUUCUCAAGUCAGCCGAACCAGUUCCGGAAGUCGCGUCGGUCACGCAGGAAAAGAUAGAAACCCCGGCCGCCGCCGUUCCGCUACCGGAAGCUGCGGCCUUGCCGGCAAAAUCGGCCUUGCCCGAACCCGCGAAGGAGGAAAAGCUCGCCGAGGUUCCGGUGGCCGCACCGGAAGCUAUUGAAAAGUCCGUGCCGCUUCGGGAGGCCGUAAAGACCGAGUUACCAGCUGCGGAACCGGCGGUGCCGGAAACUCCGAUUGCGGUUCCGAUUCCGGUGAAGAACCUGGCAGUCGCUGCUGAAGAACCGAAGCCGCAGGUCGUGGCCGAGCCGGCAAAGAUCGCGGAACCGAAGCCUUGAAAUUGACGCAGCUCGAUACCGAAUAAAUCACCGAAUCUGGUACACCGCAAGACUUUAGGCUCAUCCCGAAAGGCUGACGAUAAUUCCGCGCGGCUCGUAGCGGCCGAUUUUUACUCUGGACCAG